AUGGCGGUGAAUAUGGGCUUCUUGCCCACCAUUAAGUGUUCUAACUGUGGGCAUGAUGUUGACAUUGUUUCCAUGGCUGAGCACGAGUGUGACGGUGCUGCCGUCAGCCCUGUACUUGCGCCUCCAACACCACCACUUUCUGCAGACCUCGACUCCCCAGAAAAAUCAGAAACAUAUAUGCCAGCCAAGCUCGGUCGUUCAGCAAUGCCACAUCGAAUUGAUCCCUCUGUCGCAAACCGUCCAUUCCUACAACCAAAUGUUCCUACACCUGCAAGCAGUAUUGAAUCACAUAUACCCUCACCUUUGUCCAUCUCACCACAACCCGGCUCUUCGGAAGUUGCUACCGAUGCGAUCAACUUGGAUUCAGUGCUUUCCUUCCCCAUGCCAGGAAAUAGGUCACCGACUCUCGUAGGCACCCGGGGUCUAUACUCUGAUUCGCCUCCGGAAAAUGUGCGACUAUCGUCAAGUCUUCCUCACCAACGUACGGAUUCUCUUGCCAGUCACAGCAGCUACCGUACGUCCUCGGCAAGUACUCAACAUGGCAGCUCCACGGCGAGAUCAUCCACAACCAGCUUUUCCCGAGGAUUUCGUUCUAUCAUGGAAGAUGACACCCCACCAGUACCACCUGCGCCACUUCGAACACCCAAGGACUCUUUCCCUAGAGACUCCAAUCUGUCCGUUGGGUCCCGAAAUGGUCGUGGUGAAACCUACAGUGGCUUUGAUUUCGGUAUCACGGCAGAUAUCCCUCUAGGCAGCUUGCAUGAUUCACCGGCGGAAAAAUGUUUGACAGAACAAUCCAGAGAUGAGGGUCAUGACUCUCCGCCGUCUCAGCAUUCUCUACACCAUUCACCCACAGAAUCUGGCAUCGAUGCACCAAGAAGGGAGUCGGAUGCAUCAAGCGAGAGAUUGUCAAUCACGAGUUUCGCACGUACCUUGGGCUUGGAGGAUCACAUUCCCAAGACCGAGAGCUCGAUAUCAUCGGACUCGUCCCCAUCAGACUCGUCUCCGUCACGCACUCGCAGUGGGAGCUCUAUGUCCAGCCUCCCCUCUGACUUUAGCCUCAAUCAAGACAAAACUUCGGAUACUUCUGACUUGAGUCCUUUAGCGGAAGAAGCCCCUCUAAAAACGCGACUGACGGUUUUGGAAGUACCCAAUCAAGCACAAAGCGCGGGUGUUCCACCUAUUCCGGCUGUAUUUUUCAGUCCAGACUCCCCGACUGAUCCGACCAUCAACCAAGGCGGCCUGUCCUUGGUUGUCGAAAAGCGAGAGCAAAGGUCACUGAUAGAACCGCCCCUAGAACCCUCGUCACCAAGACGGCCAAUGCAAAGAUCAGCCACUGCACCAAUUCCUCGUCCACAAAGUCGUUCCACGACACGGUCGAAGGGUCAAUGCAAGGGAUGUGGCGAGGAGAUCACCGGCAAAUCCAUUUCUUCAUCAGACGGUCGUCUCACGGGGCGAUAUCACCGCGGCUGCUUCGUCUGCUUCGAGUGUCAUUCCUCUUUCCCCACAGCCGACUUCUAUGUUCUCAAUAAUCGGCCUUAUUGCGCGCAGCAUUACCACGAGCGUAACGGGUCUCUAUGCUCCACCUGUCAUACCGGCAUUGAAGGCCAGUAUCUGGAAACCGUUGGACGGGAUCCCAGACAGGUGAAUCGUCGUCGAUUCCACCCGACAUGUUUGCAAUGUCGAACAUGUCAUGUGUUGCUCAAUGGUGAUUACUUUGAAUGGAAUGGGGAAGUUUUUUGUGAAAGGGACGCCCGUCGCGCUGCAGCUGCCUCAUACGGUCCUCCACCUCAUGGUCGUCGACGACCUACAAUCGGCGCUUCUCCUCUGUCCCAGUCACGCCGAUAUCCACCUCCAGGACAAGGACAACCCCAUCCAUCUUCUUUGGCACCAGAUCAGGGACUCAGACCUGGUCCACGCAAUCCUCCUCCAGGUGGGGCUAAGCGCUUCCCUGAGCGACGGACGACUAGGCUCAUGAUGAUCUGA